AUGCAAGAAGCCCGGAUCCGUGCCCAUGCUCCAGCGAGGACACGGCUAGAAAGGAAGUGGAGACCGCAACACUGCUCGGUGACCGUGGUUGGCUUUGGAAAUGUCUUCGGCUACCAAAUCGGGUUUUUCUUGCGGCAGGAUAUCGAAUUAGCAAGACUCCGGCGGAGGUUGCAGUUGACUAGUUUCACAAAUCGGUUUUUAAACGGUGUGUGCAUUCCGGUCGUAGAAUGGGUUACGGUAGUCCGGUAG